AUGGAAGGUUUUCUUGAGAACAUCCGCAAAACAGCGCCCAGGAAUGAUAUCCACGAUUCUCAUAACAUUCAGGUUGUUGUAGAAAAGAUCAAGGAGGAAUAUAGCAAGCCCAUCAGCGAUCCGGCCGCGGAAUCCGCCGAAAAUCCUGAAGACGAAACCUCGGAUCCCAAAACAGAAGCGGCACUGCAAACGAUUCCGCUGUGUGAAUUUCCCAUUUUACAAUCGAAAACUCCUAAUGAAAAUGAUUUUGAUAACAGCACUACAACACCAACCCCAACUUCAACCCCACUUGACUGUGCCUCUGAUAUUCAGCGAAACAAGAGUAUUACCACUUCAAACCUAACAGCCUGGAGUUCUCGAUGGGAAUCGGUAACAGCAAACCCCGGCAACACCGCAACUCCUGGUAGCUUAUCAGAUAGGAGUGAUUCAUAUUUAAAUUUGGACAACCCCAAAAGGGCAGCAGACCUCUCCUCUGAUAUACUUGGGUCAGGACCUAUACUUGUUCCUAUUAAGAAGCGGAGAUUUAGUGACGAAACUCGAGAUGAAAGGAAUGGUUUCUCCCUGGGCUGA